GUAGACAGCCACUUUGGGCUGGACGUUGGGAGAAAGGGUGGGUUGUGUCGCGGUGAUUUUAAGCUGCCCGGAAGGGUGUGGCGCAGUGUGCGGCUCUCCUGCUCUGGCGCCUAACGGUAUUAACCACAAGUCUAGGACCCCAAGCCUGAGACAAUGGUGUGCAUUCCUUGUAUUGUCAUUCCGGUUCUGCUCUGGGUCUACAAAAAAUUCCUGGAGCCAUAUAUCUACCCUCUGAUUUCACCUUUUGUUAGUCGGAUGUGGCCUAAAAAAGCUAUACCAGAAUCCAAUGAUAAAAACAAAGGCAAAGGUGACUGUAAGGAUGCAGACAUAAAUGGAUUAACAACCAGAGGAACAGCAGAAAUAUCUGAUAAAAAGAAACACUGAAGGGACAUUCCCUGUGAUCUCAUUGUUUUGAAAAUGGACCUGAUGAUAUGCAGCACCCUCUUUGUAAUUGUCUCUGACCUUUUUUUCUGAGACCAGAUAGAAUGUGGGGUAGAUAAAAUGAUUUCCUGAUGCUAACAAGGAAACACAUAAUAUUUAUAUUUUAGAUGUAUUUAAUGACCCUCACCUCUAAGCUUCUUUUUCAUUAAUAAUAUGAAUAAAUAGAAGGUUGAUGCCAUUAAUGCUGCUACUAAAUCAGUACUUAAAAUUUUGGGGCCUCUAGAUUUCAUUCAUAGGAAUUUGCCCCAAUUUCUUUGUACUCUUCUAAUUUAAGUGGUGUACAAUUUUACUGUGAAACUGUACAAAGGAGGGAGAGCAUUUAGGAGGUGAUAAUGACUAAAAAACCUAAAAAUAUAAUUACUGUUGCAGCUCCUAUAAUUAUAGCUAAUUGCCUUGAAAAAGCUAGAAAAAACAAACUACAGGAUGUCUUUCAUAAAUAUCUAAUGUAUAUUAUGCAAUUCUAAUCCUUGUUAUAUUCUUUCUAUUCCUACAAAUGAUUAAAUAUUGAGUUUA